AGAAGAAGAAGAAGAGUAGUCCAGGGUGGCUAGCUGGUCUAGACAUGUUAGACAACUGACAGCGAUGUUAACUUGGCUGCUGUAGUUAGAGAGUUGUCAAAAGUGUCUUAGGGCUUAAAGGGGUCUUUAACCUCCAAAGGCGACCCGUGUAAAGGGUUGGCAAGCCGGUAAAACGACCCCGUACCUCCCAUAUCGUACAACAGCAGGUUAGCAUUAAGUGGUUAGCAUUAGCUGGGAGCUCCCUUACAGAAACGUCAGAGCUUCUCUCAGACAUGUCUGCGGCCGGAGACUUCGGAAACCCCUUAAGAAAAUUUAAACUGGUCUUUCUCGGGGAACAGAGUGUGGGAAAGACAUCCCUGAUCACCAGGUUCAUGUAUGACAGCUUCGACAACACUUACCAGGCCACAAUUGGAAUCGAUUUCCUGUCGAAAACCAUGUACCUUGAAGACAGAACUCAGAUUCGGUUGCAGUUGUGGGACACAGCGGGGCAAGAGCGAUUUCGCAGCCUCAUCCCAAGUUACAUAAGAGACUCUGCUGCUGCUGUUGUAGUGUAUGACAUCACAAAUGUCAACUCCUUCCAGCAAACCACAAAAUGGAUAGACGAUGUGAGGACGGAGAGAGGAAGUGAUGUCAUUAUCAUGUUGGUGGGGAACAAGACAGACCUUGCAGAUAAAAGGCAAGUAUCUAUUGAAGAGGGUGAGCGGAAAGCCAAAGAACUAAAUGUAAUGUUUAUAGAGACUAGUGCGAAAGCUGGCUACAACGUCAAGCAGCUUUUCCGCCGUGUGGCAGCAGCCCUCCCUGGCAUGGAUACCACACAGGACAAGAGUAGAGAGGACAUGAUUGACAUAAAGCUGGAGAAGCCACCAGAGCUACCUGUCAGUGAAGGAGGCUGUUCCUGCUAAUCCCAGCAUAUUUCAUGCUCAAACAAAUAUCUCACCGGCUGUUUCUAAAACCCAGUCGUUUUUUUUUCUGUAUCUGUCCCUUUUCUGUCCCCCACCGUGAAGAGAACACUAUAUCCGUUAUCUGCCAUUGAGGAAACCUGCUCUCUCAUCUUGAACACUCUGAGAGUCAUUAUCAAUUAAUAAACUGAAUAUUUGCACUGUAACACGAGUACUGGUACACUGAAACAGUAUUCACAAGGGGAGCUCAUACUCCUUUACUGAACUUCUGUUGUCUAUUAGUUUAAAAAAAAAAGAUUUGGUGAUCGCAUGGAUGAUUUUGUCUCACGACGACUUUUUUGAUCAAACUAAAAGAAAAUGUAUCUGAUUAAAAAAUAUGUGUUAAAGAGUGGAAUGUCCUUCCAAAAAACGUAAAAACUGCUUUAAGCUAUAGCACAAUGUGUCUGUUGAAAUGUUUGUUGUCUUGCAAUCAAUUUGCAGGGAUUCAUUAAUGAAAUGUGUUGUCAAACUAUUGGUUUAACUGCUCAGAGUAAUUUGUGGAAACAGUUUGAGUAAAUCUAACAUAGUUGGGGGUCUGGCUUUUUUACCGUACACACAUGAUGUAUGUGAAUUUGUGAGCCAGGAGCUCAUUUUAAACUCUGUGGUCCCUGAACCAGCAGAGUCCAACUUCUCCAAACACGUACCAGUACAAUAUAAGUCGAGACGCAGGCACACACCAAAGUCUGGUGACAACCAGCACGAACCACAACACACACUAACACUACUACAUCACCCUCCAAAUUACCGUCCUUCCUCUCCUUCCACACUCCCCUGAGAUGGUUUAUUUUGACCAUGGCUUCCAUUUUCUAUUACCUUUUUAUUUGGUUAGAUGUUUGAUUUAUUUUCCUAAAGACUAAAGCUGUCAGAUUAAAACUAUUUCUUUGAUGGUAGUGUUUAAAGAUGAUUUUCUUAUUUAUGGAGUCAACCAUAAAACCCAGCAUAACAGUAGGAAUGGAGAUAAAUGCCUUUUGGAGUUUAAUAUUAGAGGGCUUCCUUGGGGUUAUCUAGUUACGUUUGGUAUGAUGUUUUACAAACCCUUUAAAGACUUUUUUGGCUUCUUUUAUUUUGAUGGCAUUGAUUUUUUUGUUAGUGAUUAUUCUUCAUGUGUAUUUAAUCCACAAUGACUUGUAAUAUUUAUUUCUAUUGGAUUUUUUUUCUUUUUUUUUAUGGUUGUUAAUAUCUAUCUUCAUUUUCGGUAUGAGUCCUGAAUCACUUGUAAAAUGUGCAUCCAUCUGGACCACCUUUAACAGAAUCAGUAGAGAGUGUCUGCCAUGCCCUCUACCACCUCUAAAAUGGCAAUUUUAUCAUUCUUAUAAUACCCAGCAAUUUUUUUGUGUGAACUUAUGGAAGAGUGUUGGAUUUGUAUAGCACAGUAGUCAUUAAUGUUUCUGUCUGGAAUGGUUUUAAAUGAGAGAAUAAAAAUACACCUGUCACUGCU